AUGACGGAGCCAACGGUGACGACGCUUUCGGCGGCGGCCAUGCCGGCGGACCGGCACGUGCUUAAGUACGUUCAGCUGCGCUACGACGACAAUGACAGCCUCGUUUGCACGGACGACGCCAUCUCGGACGAGGAGCAGGCGCUGCUGGCGUACACGCCGACGCCGGCGCCGCGCUCCAAGGUGCUCUUGCACAGCUGCUGCGCGCCGUGCAGUGGUGCAAUGGUCGAGGAGAUGCGGUACCUCAUGGACCUCGACAUCACCAUCUUCUUUUACAAUCCGAAUAUCCACCCCAAGCGCGAGUACGAGAUUCGGAAGGAUGAAAACAUCAAGUACGCCAUCAAGCACGGCAUCCCGUUCGUCGACUGCGACUACGACUCGGACGCGUGGUUCAAGCGCAUGGUGGGCUUCGAGCUCGAGCCGGAGCGCGGCGUUCGCUGCUCGGCUUGCUUUGACAUGCGCAUGGAGGUCACGGCCGCGUACGCGGUCGAGCACGGCUUCGACUACUUUACGACGACGAACGCCACGUCGCGCUGGAAGGACGAGCUGCAAGUCAACUUGGCGGGCGUGCGCGCAGCGCUUUUGUAUCAGAAACAGCGAGGCGCCACGCUCCAGUUUUGGGUCUACAACUGGCGCACGGACGCCAUGACGCGCCGCAAGUACGAAGUGUCGGUGGACGAAAAGUUCUACAAGCAAGAGUACUGCGGCUGCUCGUACUCGCUCCGCGACUCGAACGUCUGGCGCGCGCAGCAGGGCAUUCCCAAGGUCAAGAUUGGCGGCGAGACGGCCGGGCUCGGCACGCGCUACUUUGAAGACGUCGAGGCGGACGAGGCCGAGGAGUCGCAGGAGGUCGUCGACGCCUUCUUCCGCGACGCCAACGCGCACUUUGGCGACGAGAAGCGGCCCAAGAAGUACCAGGAAGCGCUCCAAAAGUCCAGCGCGGUCUUCGUCGGCCGUCAAAAGUCGGUCGAGAACAUUGACGCCAACAACUGGUAA